AUGGCCAAGCUCUAUUUCCGGCAUGGUGCCAUGGGCUCUGCUAAAACCCUGAACCUCCUGGCGAUCGCCCACUCCUACGAGAUGCAGUCAAAGAAGGUGCUCGUCAUGAAACCGAAGCUGGACACUCGCUUCGGGGUCGGCCUCGUGACGAGCCGUGCUGGAUUGGAGCGUGAGGCUGACGUGCUCCUUACCGGGGAGUCAGUCUUCACUUCGGAGCAGUUCUUCGGAGUGAGCUGCGUGCUCGUGGACGAGGCGCAAUUUUUGGACCCUUGCGUGGUGGAGCGGCUUCGACAGGUUGCGACGAUCCAAGGCGUGCCGGUCAUGUGCUUCGGCCUUCGAACGGACUUCCGCUCCCGGCUGUUUCCCGGCUCCCAACGGCUGAUGGAGCUGGCAGACUCCAUCGAAGAGGUCAAGACGACCUGCACCUACUGCAGCAGGAAAGCCAUCAUGAACCUGAAGAGCGUAGAUGGCAAGGCUACGUUGACAGGGCCCACCGUUUGCCUCGGAGCGGAAGAGCUCUAUGUGCCCGCGUGCUAUCAGCACUUCUGCGAAAAGAUUAUCGCAGCCACGGGUAGAGACAGCGACUUCGACGCGCACUGGCUGGCAGGACUGCAGCAACCCAGAGCCUUCGCACACUCCUCAUUAUUGUCUCUGAUUCGACAGCAUCCACCGCCAGUAUCGACACAAGGACCGGCAGCAGAAUCAUCACCAUCAUAUUCGCAGAUAUCACAUAUUAUAAAUAUAGUAUAG